GCGGUCUGUGUACAUUUAGAAUUUUAAGAGGUUAGCUUUGCACAUAUGCGUUUAAAUCGGUUUAUUGUCGCUUUUUAAACAUGGUGUAAGUGCGGAUUCUUUUUUCCAAAACCAUACUGUUUUCGUUAUACUGGUUCGUCGCAUAUAUUACUUUUAUACGAACAGCAGUAUUUGCCUGUGAAGAGCUAGUGUAGGCUAACGUAAUUUAUGCGGAAUGCGCAUCCAUUGCGGAUGUGGUGCAGAAUAUAUGCGCAUUGCUGCGACAAAGGUAAUUUGGCCUUUACGUUCAUGAUAUGCCUUUAAUAUAAAUACUGUUAAUGUCUAGAUAAUUUUGAAACCAACUAUAUUGAAUAUGUAUUCUUUAAUGUUAUUUAACACCAUUUCUGUUGCCUAUUAUUUUCUUCUUGUCAUUUUCAGAUUCGUUUACAAUAAGUGAUAUCUCGGAUGUGUUAAUAAUGGCUGCGCAACCUUGCAUGUACACGAUACUUGUACAUAAUAUUAAACAUAGCUGAAGCACAUCUCCGAGUUUCGGACGGAAGCCACAGGUUUUUGUUUCCUUGCUUUAACAAAAUAUGCAGACAACAAAGAUACCUCAAUAAAUGCACAAAUUUAGACUAAAAAUAAAACUAUAUGUUAGCCUAUUGCAGUUUCUUAGUAAAUAUCUGUUUUAUGUGGUUGUUUAUUACUGAGCCUAUUAUUAAAGCUAUCCUUGGUAUACAUCACUAUGAAGCAAUGAGUGUCUUGCCAUUGAACAGCAUGGUGGCUUUUCACCCUCCAUGUCAAUGGCACGCUGUCCAGCAGACCAAUUGGUGCGUCUGCAAACUACAACAUAUCCAUGACUGAAUAUUAUGAGGAGGGAGGGUUGCUAUUUGAGCAUUCACCUCCCAUGCACAUUAAAGUGGAGUCUCCAGAGGGUCCCUUUGGAGGUGGGGUCUCAGAAGAUGGUUUCCCCAGAGAAGAUGAAGACUCUGAGGGCAGUUGUGACCACCCAAAUGGUGGGUUGCCUGCCAGCCUCCCUUUUAACGUUGUGGUUGUGCAUUCCAACAUAGUUGCACCUGGAUUGUCUUCAGAUGAACUCACCCCAAUCGACCCAAACAGGAGUGUUUCUUCAGCAUUAGCCACAGGAGGUGCAGGAAAAAGGAAGAGUCGCUUCAGCGGGGCAGAGUUGGAGGUGUUGGUAUCAGAGGUGACCCGGUGUGAGGGGGAGCUAUUUGGUCCAGCUGGGAGACUCCGGCGCAGAGAAAGAGAGCGCAUUUGGGCUGGAAUACUUCAGCGUGUAAAUGCUGUGUCUAGAGUCCCACGAACUCUAAGAGAAGUAAAGAAACGCUGGGAUGACCUGAAGAGACGUAAUGGUGGUAGACUGGCUGAUGCAAGGCACCGUACCUGCUACCUGCCAUCUAGCCGAGGGGCGGAGAUUAUGGGAAGGUCUGCUCAAGUUAGUCCCAGGCUUCAGCAAUCUCGUCAAAAGCAGAGCACCAGGGGGAAAGGCAGUUACACUUAUCUGUCAGAUUCUGAUCCAGUUGCAAUUGGAGAUGGCUCUGAAAGAGAUGGUUUUGAAAAGGAGGAAGAAGCUGGUGAGCAAGAGGGUGAUGAUGGAGAUGGGGAUUGUGAGGGUGUGGAGAACAGCAUGGAAGAUAAACUGGGUUUAGGCCUGGGCCUGGGAAUAGUACCACCCCCAACAUCAGAACGGUGGCUACCUCCUUCACCCCUUUACAGUGCCCCCUUCCUCAAUGGGACCCCUCAGCCAAGCCCAGAACCAUCCCUAGGGACCCACCAGGGCCCACUGGAGCCCCCUCCCCCACGCAGUUCCUGGCUUGAAGAUGAACUUCGGGGUCUGGGGGAAGCAGCCAUGCAGCUUGGAGAUCGCAUGGAACAGAACCUGCGUGAGUUUGCAGAAGGGUUUAGACGUGACAUGCGGACACUUGUGGCUUCACAAGAGGCCCUUACAAAUAGCUUGCAACAGAAUAAUGUACUUUUGCAACGUCUGUUGGAACUACUUGAGAUGCAGCAUCAACAACCGCAGUCUCAGCAGCAACAAAUUCCACAACAACAACUUCAGCAACAACAAAUACAACAAAUUGCACAACAUCAGCAGCAACAAGAACGUCCACAACAGCAGCCAUUUCAUCAACAGUUAUUGCAACAACAGCAUCCACAGCUAGAGCAGCAAAUUCCAGCAACAGUUCCAUCUAUACCACCACCUCCAGAUAUUUUAGAUGGUACUAGGCAUACUGAACAACCGACUGACCUAAAUGAAACAAUUCAACGGCAACGCCGUGGCAGGACUGUAGACCUUAGAGGAAGACGGAGACGUUGAUGUUGCCGUGAGAUGUAGCAUAAUAAACUGUAUUUGGUUGCAUUAAAAUUAUUUAUUUAAAGCCAUGUUUUAUAAAACUAGCUAAUUGCAAAUUGUGCCAUGUCAUUGCAGCCACAUUUUGUUAUUCCUAAACGCAAAUAUAUAAUAAAGUGUGUGUGUGUGAUAUAUAUAUAUAUAUACACAUCAAAAAGCGCAACAUUAUAUCUAAAUUGACCUCUAAACUCUUCUGUUGCUUAUAGUAAAUAACAGAUAUUUUCUGGCUUAAGUUUAUAUAUAAUAAUUGCAAGUUUAGAAAGAAUACCCUGUAGUAUUCAUACUGUAGUGAGAUAAACGUCAUUCAUUUUUAUUCUUUGUUUGGGCACCAAAAAUUGGUGCAAAAGGACAUUUUACUUUGGCUAUUUUCACUGUUUAAUAAAAUACAUCCAUAUGCUGUUUGAAGGGAUAUUAUAUUGCUUAGAAGUUCCUCAUGAUGCCAUUAAAUGUAAGUUUCGGAAUCAUUGUCUAAUGUAAAAAAAAAAAAUUAUUAUUGCCCAAUAUUAUUUGCAUGCAACUUUAGAAAGCCUCUGUAGAUCAAUAUAUACUAUUUUACAAACUUUACACCAUGUUAACAAAAAUCACUUGUACUUGGAAAACAAUGUCUGGUUAUUAUCAUAAUGUAAUAGAAGUAAUUAUACAUUUAUAGCGUUUUUAAAUAUUAUAACAGAAAUUAAAGGAUAAAAAUGUGUAUU